CUAUAUUCUCUCCAUCACUCUCAAAAUCAAAACAAAACAGAACAAAAUUCAUUUUCUUUCCCGUGAAACCACAGAUCAAAAUCUUACUCUUCUUUCUCUCGCCAAUGGAUUUUCUUAUUCGUACCUUCUUCAAUGUUCUCAUAAUAUCCUCUUUUCUCUUCUCCCAAUAUAAGGCCGAAGCUACUGGUUCCGUUUUCUUCAUCGACAAUCCUAAACAUCAAUAUCUUCGCACUCGAUCUGAAAACGAUGUCGUUCAGUCUCAUUUAAUGUUACUAUCUGAAGUCGGUGCUGCUGUUUCAGUCUUGCUUGGUUUCGCACCUCCUGCUACUCUUACAGCAGAUGGUUCAUCUAAGUUGAAUGAGGUUCUUGUGCCUAAUCCAUUCAAUAGACCUCGUGCUGUUUUAAUGUUAGAAGUAAGAGGAGUUGCUGAUCCUAAGCUCAUCGUUGACCUUGAUAGAACAAAGUUAGUUGAUGCCUUUAACAGCAAGGUUUUUCUUGAUACUAAUAAAGCUGACAUUCAGCUUCCAGAUGAAGAUGAAGUUUCUGUAGUUUUCCUGGAUGAACAAUUAGCAGAUCACUCUGAAGAAGAAAUUCAUGAAUUUGCAUCUUGGUUGGGUGGGUCAUAUGUUGCUGAUGCGUCAAAAUUGCUGAAUGGAGAGUUGACUAUUCCUGUGGGCAGUGGUGUCAAUGUGAAUCUUCAUAUGUCAAAGAAAGCAGAGAGGGAUUUUAUUUUUAGUCUUUUGACUUUACACCACAAUAUUAAAAGGGCAAUGGAUGUGCAUGAAGGUUUGGCACAAAGUACACAAAGGCCUGCUGAGUUAAUGAUGGGUUUUUUUGAUGGAAUUAAGGCUUUGCAAGAGCAAUAUGGACCUGAAGGUGUUGACCAACAAGGAAUGAGACUAUUGCUUGUAACACUUUCCAAGAUAUUUGAUUCAUUACAAACAUCUUAUGAAGGUCAAAUUGUUGGAGUUGUCUUCUUUAAUGGUGCACCAUCUCAAGAGUCAGAAACCGUGUUGAAUUUGAUGUUCACAUCCAGACCAUCUCCACGUUGUUUGGUGGAAACAGAAAGCAAGUCUAAUAUAACCAUGGUUGCUGAGGUGUUGUUGGUUAGACGGACCCUUGCUUGGUUAACAGGGAUUAUUCUUCUCAUUGCGACACUUCUAGGGAUUUACUUCCUUCUCAAUAUGCCACUAACAAGGGACACCUUGCUGUAUUCUAACGUCAAGCUUGACUAAAUCGAAGAAAAGCUGCUUCGUGAAUUUUUCAACUUCCAGAAGUUGUCUGGGACGCCUUUGAACCAUUUGCUCAGGUUUAUUUGUAGAUGUGUUGCCAAUGAUGCUUUUUUACAUUUGUUAUAAAAAUCAUUUUUUGUUGUGCUUUUUAUGCAUUAGUAGCUCCAUCAAGAAAUAAUUGGCUUAGAAAUUAAUAAGGGUCAUAAGCGGGUGGGUUGUGUAGGGAAGUGUAAUGUGUAACAAUAUACCAUGAUGUGUACUUGGGUUCAGGAGACUUCCAUAUAUUAUUGUUGUUUUGGUGGUUAAAUUGUUUCUGCUUUGAUGUUUAUUUAAUUAGUGAAUGGAUUUUCACAUACCUUUAUUCA